GGCGGCAGACGCCGAGUCGGGCGGGUUGAGGCGAGCGGCGGGCUCGGGGCUGCAGGCCCGAAAGGCGUGAGCGUGCGCGCGGGGCCGCGGCGAAAAACCGUCGCGGUGUGUGGGGUGCAGGCGGGUGGGGGAGGGGUGGCGCGCGCCCAGCCUCUUCCCUCGCGGGGUCACGGCCCCGGAGGCCCCGCGGUCUGAUGGCCUGUUCUCUGGAGCUUCCUGCACCCGGAGGUCCCGGCGCACUGACCCCCUCCCCCUUUUUCCGUCGUCUACACUGCGCGCUGGUGGGAGCUGUUUUGGUCUGGACAGUGCGUAGUUCCCUUGCGGAUAUGUUCUUUUGGGGCCAGAAUCUGGGUAUAUAUGAAUGUAAACCCUCACCCAUUCACAAAUAAGCCCAGGAAUCUCAACUGAGAGGAUCACUUCUCUGUAAGCUAUUAGCCCAGUCUUAGGUGCAGAAUGAGCACAUGUUGUUGGUGUACGCCGGGUGGUGUUACCACCAUUGACUUUCUGAAGCGCUAUGCAUCCAAGACCCGCUCCAGAGAAUUUCAAACAGCUGAUGAAGACCUCUGCUACUGCUUAGAGUGUGUGGCUGAAUACCACAAAGCAAGGGAUGAGUUGCCAUCUUUGCAUGAGGUUCUAUGGGAAUUAGAAAUCUUACGUCUCAUAAAUCACUUUGAAAAAUCCAUGAAGGCAGACAUUGGAGAUGAUGAUGAAUUAUAUAUAGUAGACAACAAUGGAGAGGCACAGCUCUUUGACUUUACCGGCCAAGACUUUGAAAAUAAGCUUCGAGUUCCUCUUCUUGAAAUACUGAAAUAUCCUUAUCUGCUUUUGCAUGAGCGUGUUAAUGACUUAUGUGUUGAAGCCCUGUGUCGGAUGGAACAAGCUAAUUGCUCCUUUCAGGUUUUUGAAAAACAUCCAGGGAUCUAUUUGUUUCUGGUCCAUCCCAAUGAAAUGGUUCGGCGUUGGGCUAUCCUGACCGCAAGGAACUUGGGGAAAGUGGACAGAGAUGAUUAUUAUGACUUACAGGAGGUUUUAACUUGCCUUUUUAAAGUCAUUGAGUUGGGGCUUUUAGAAAGUCCAGACAUUUAUACUUCUUCUGUCCUCAAGAAAGGGAAACUGAUUCUUCUGCCCUCACACAUGUAUGAUACUACCAACUACAAAAACUAUUGGUUAGGUAUUUGCAUGUUGCUGACCAUUCUUGAGGAGCAAGCCAUGGAUUCACUGUUGCUGGGGUCAGACAAACAGAAUGACUUUAUGCAGUCAAUACUUCACACCAUGGAGAGGCAGUCAGACGAUGAUAGCAUGGAUCCCUUCUGGCCAGCGUUACACUGCUUCAUGGUGAUUCUGGAUCGCCUUGGCUCUAAGGUCUGGGGUCAGCUUAUUGAUCCUAUUGAGGCCUUUCAAACCAUUAUCAACAAUGUGAGCUACAACAGAGAAAUCCAGAGUAUACGGAACAGCUCUGUAAGGACCAAGUUAGAACCAGAGUCAUAUUUGGAUGAUAUGGUGACUUGCAGCCAGAUUGUAUACAAUUACAAUCCUGAAAAGACCAAAAAGGAUUCAGGGUGGAGAUCAGCCAUUUGUCCAGAUUAUUGUCCUAACAUGUAUGAAGAAAUGGAAACAUUAGCCAGUGUGCUUCAGUCAGAUAUUGGCCAAGACAUGCGUGUCCAUAACAGCACGUUUCUGUGGUUCAUCCCUUUUGUUCAGUCCCUGAUGGAUCUUAAGGAUUUGGGUGUGGCUUAUAUAGUGGAGGUUAUUCAUCAUCUGCACUCUCAAGUCAAAGAUGUCCUCAACCAACCAGAUGCCGGGUGUGACAAAGUCACUGAAUUUUUUCUUCUCAUCUUGGUGUCAGUGAUUGAGCUGCAUAGAAAUAAAAAAUGUUUGCAUUUGCUGUGGGUUAGUUCCCAGCAGUGGGUGGAAGCUGUUGUGAAAUGUGCCAAGCUUCCUACCACUGCAUUUGCACGGAGUUCUGAGAAAUCAUCUGGAAAUUGCUGCAAAGGAACAACCAUGAUAACGUCUCUGUCAUUGCAUUCAAUGCCAUCUAACUCUGUACAGCUUGCUUGUGUGCAGCUGAUUAGAAGUCUCCUAAAAGAAGGUUAUCAGUUUGGGCGACAAACUGUCUGUAAGCGAUUCUGGGAUAAGCUCAAUUUAUUCCUGCGAGGAAAUUUAUCUCUAGGUUGGCAGUUGAGCAGUCAGGAGACCCAUGAGUUACAAAUGUGUUUAAAGCAAAUUAUUAGAAACACAAAGUUCAAAGAACCUCAGUGUGGCACUUUAGUGGACCUGAUUCCUUCAUGUAAAACCCCUCCUGUGUCUGACAAAGAAGAAAAAGAACAGAUAGGGAAGAAGUCUAAAAAAGACAUGAACUGUCUGAAAAAUUCAAGCCCAACAUUUUCUAAAGAACAAUUGAAAGCUGAUACAUAUCAGGUGCAAGAGAGCAUAUUGAUCAAAGCAAGUAACAAAUUAGAAGAGGAUAAUGGGCAAAGUUAUAUAAAAGAUUUGAAACCAGAAAACAGUCUCUCAGCUCAGUUAUGUUUAAAGCAAAGCAGUAAAAGCCUUUUUACUGGAAGAGCUCAGGAUAAAGUUAAAAUAAGUACAGGGGAACAGAAGUCUGUAAGAGAGAAUUGUACUUCAAAAAAUGAUCCAGAAAGGGGAUAUGACAGAGGGAUAAUAAUGUCAACAUGUUUGCCAACUGACCGUAGCACUGAUUCUCUGGAGAUGUCUGCGUCAAGUGAGGAUUUCUCCUUAAAGGAUGAUGCUCUUGGCAAAACCUCAAAAGCAAAAUCUAAGACACAGAAAGAUGAAAUCUGUGCUAAAUUAUCACAUGUAAUGAAGCAACACAGGAAAAGUGCUUUGGUCAAUAAUGCCAUCAAUUUAGAGGAAAACUUGGCUGUAUCUAGCAUUGAGAGCUUUUGUGCAAGGAAAGAUACAGGAGGCCAGAAAGGGGAUGGUUUCUUACACAGUCUUUCUUUAGAAACUAAUGGGAUUCUGGAUGAUAAAAAUGGAGGGAAAAAACGGCUGGAAAAGAAACAACUAAAGAGUGAAGCAUUAGAUAAUUUCUCUUCUCAUGAAAACAGUUAUCAAAUACAAGACCAUCAAGUUGGUAAUAAAGAUUUGUUUUCAUUUACAAAAAUGACCAAUACUUGCAUGAAGAAAGCAUCUUUGAAAGAGCCUAUGACUGCACUUCAAUCAACAGAUAAAAAAAUCAGCAAGAGUACCAAUCUGCUUUCUUCUGACUGGAGAGAACAGUUUUCCAGCAUUAUUCCUAAGUCUGACACCUUGACAGAUUCUCAGGUAGACAGAGACCUCCACAAAUUAUCUUUAAUAGCUCAAGCCAGGGCUACUAAGUUUCCAUCAGGUUCAUCUCAUAAAGGCUUAUCCGAGCUACAAAGAAAGGUAAAAGAUGAUGAAAGAUGUCAUGAACAGGUUAUUAUUAUUUCAGAUUCUGAUGAUGAUGAAAGAAUUCUGGAUUUAGAGAAACAUGUUAAACAAGAUAAAGAGAAAGAAUGUCCAGAGCAGCAUUCUUCAAUACCUAAUGCGAGUAUGGAAAAGAAGCUAAUUAAAGAAGAAAAGACAAAGUCCUUUUUGCAGCUUGAAGAAUCUGAUUCUCAGCUUUUUGAGUUUGAAAGUCCACUUGAAGUAUUUUCAGUUUGGCAAGAUCAGAAACCAGAUAGCAAUGGUUCAGUUCAAGAGGAUGAAAAAAAUUCAUGUUUGACUCACAUAGCUGACAUCACAAGUGAUUGGGGUUAUGGUACAAAUUACAUAUCUGAAGAGGUUAUUAAAGUAACAGAAGGCAUUGAAGAACAUGCAGAACCACAGAGUGGUAGUAAUUCUGGGGAAUUUUGUGAGAUUGAAGUAAAAAAACAUAAGAGAAAACGAUUUGAGGAAACUAUGACCAAAGACCCUCCAAGACCUUUAUCCUCUGACAAAAAUGAGGAGCAAUCUGAUAUUCUUAAUGAGAGAAACCUGAAUGAAGAUGAUUUUAAGAAUGUAGACAUAAGGGCUACAACUCCUGAUUCAAAUGUUCAGAGAGCCACUAUGGUUCCAGUAAGGAAGUCCUCUCCAAAAGUUCGCACUUACUCUAAAUCCAUUAGGAGAGUCCCAGUUUCUAAAACUCCUAAGAAAGCACGUUCAGAUACCAAAAAAGGGCAGAAUAAAAGUUCAAAUUACCUCAGUUGUAGGACAACUCCUGCUAUCAUACCACCAAAGAAGUUUCGCCAGUGUCCUGAACCAGCUUCAACAGUAGAGAAACUUGGUCUAAAAAAGGCUCCUCGUAGAGCAUUUGAGUUGUCUCAGCGUUCGUUAGAGUAUUUAGUUCAGUUACGUGACCAUGGCAAAACUGUUGGAGUAAUUGACACCAAAAAAAAGACUAAAUUAAUUUCUCAGGCUCUCCCUGUCAAAAAUAAUAAGGAACUGCUGACGAGUCAAGAUCUUCAGUUGCGAAGGCAGGUGAGACCCAAAUCACCACAAAGCAGACAAAGACUUUCUGAUGAGAGUACAGAUGCUGAAAGAGCAAGACCAUGUACAGCACUGAAUUCUGACAUACUUAUGCCACGAUCAGAUGGGUCAGAGGUGAUUGCUGACGAUAAUGGAAAACAGUUAAUUAGAUGUGUGUCUUCUGAACCAGAACCCACGAAAGCAAGAUUUAUUUGUCAGGUGACUGACGAUGCUUGCCUUCUGAACCAGUGUGAUUUUGUAGCAUUAGAUGAAAGAAUACCAACACAUGACAUAAUUAUCUCUACUUCAGAGGACUCUCUAGGUGGGGGUUUAGCUGUGGCAGCUUUGAAAGAGGGAGAGCCUGAAAAAAAGAGUGAUAAAGAGGAUGAUAUAUUUUUAACACAACAUGAUCCUGAAGAUAUGGAUUUAUGUUCACAGAUGGAGAGUGAUAAUGAUAAACACAUUGAAAUAGUUCAUGGAAAAGUUAUGAUUCAGGUAGAAGAAGAUGCCGAACGUUGGCCUCAGUUGAAAUCUUUGAGUAGCACAAAAUGUAAGUUCAAAGAUUGUGUCGAAACCCCAAAAAACCAGGGUGAAUACUGCUCAAAACACUCUGAAGCUAAACCAGCAGAUGAAGAUUUAUUUCGUAAACCUAGCUUGCCACCUCCUGCAUCUAAACCUUCAAGACGUUCUACUGCUAAGGUCUUUAGCUCGAGAAGUACUUCACGAAUUGCUGAUCUUUCCAAGUCUUUGGAAGAUAGCCUAGUGCUUCCACCAGCUCUAAAAAAGAAGUCAAAUAGGGUACAGUCUGUUUUGAAAGGGUCACCUCCCGCCUCUCUGGUGUCCCAGAAGCUAGUGUGUCAGGUGAAGGGUUUAUGCAAUGUUCUUCAUGCUCAGACUCCAAAUAAUUCCAGCAGACUAGGUCACAAACCUCCGUUUGGUGAAAGCAGAUCUUUUUUGGCUUCUUCUCCAGUAAACAUUCUCUUGUCAUCACAGUCCAUCUCUGACACCCUCGUUAAAGAGGUCUUAAAAUGGAAAUAUGAGAUGUUCCUCAAGUUUGACCCGUGUGGGCCUCCAGCAGAUCAUAACCAGUUCGUCUCAAGACAUGUGCCCAUCAGAUUUAAAGAUUGUGGAGAUUAUUUUGAUGUUUUUUUCCCUUUAAUAGUUUUGAAUGCUUUUGAAACGGUAAGUGUAUGUUUUAAUUGUAUACCCAUCCGGACUGAAGUUGCUGCUUUUCUUUGCCGUGCUGAAUAAUAGCGUACAGUUAAAAUAAGUGAUCUCUUAGAUUUAGAUAGAUAGACCUCGCUUUCAUGUUGAACAGACAUCUGUGCCAGACCCUGUUCUAGAAGCUGGGAACACAGAGGAAACACUUUUCUUAACUUGUGCCCUUCUAGAGCGUACAGACAUAGUUCGGAGGUCUAGUGUGCCACGUCCGAAGGUAGGUAGUUCAGGAAGAAAUGUUUUUUGAUUACUAGGAAGACUUAAGAGGAGAUAGUCUCCCAUCUGCUUUUUCUUUUUUUUAGUGUAAUUUGCUCCUUUACUGAAGUUUUCUUGAGGAGGUGGCAAAGGGUAAAUUACACUGAACAACAAAAAGCAGUAAAUCCUGAAUUUCUGUUUAUACAUAUCUUCCCGAUUUCUUGCUCAUCAUAGCCCCUGCUCUCUUACUCAGCUGUCUCUCUUCACCCAGCACAUCCCAUUCUGUUCCUUCUCUCUCCCUUACUUCCCCAGCUAGGAAUGCCAGAUAGAAUACAGGAUUCCAAGUUACAUUUGAACCUCAGAAAAACAGCUAAUAAUUAUUUAAUCAUUCAGCUGCAUUUUGAAGGAUUUUUUGGUGUUCUCCAAGUAAUAGGGGUUGGAAAUAGAUUUUUCACUUUUUUCAAAUUACUUAAAAAAAACCAAAACCUGAGUAUGCAGUAAGAGUUAGAAACAAAACGAGGAACACUGAAGUAAAAUAUUCAUGUAUUCAUUCACUUAGCAGAUAUUUGGGUGCCUGAUACAUGCCAAGUGCUAUUGCAGGCCUGGGGAGGAAAGUGGUGAACAAAACAGACAAGGCCUCUAUGUCUGGUGGCCAUUUCACAUCAGCAUAAGGGUGCUAGUGUGAUUGUGGGCAAAAGGGAGAUAGGGCGCUUCGGAUUGAAAACUCAGGCAGCCUGUGUGAGCCAUGGUAUUCACACUUAGGGAUGAACGGAAGGAAUGAACCGUGGGAACAGUGUGCCCGGCAGAGUGAGUGCAGAGAUAGACUCUAGGGGAAGAUCGGCCGUACCUCAGUGUGUUGAAGGAAAAGGAAAUGUAUUGCACAGAGGAGCAAGUCUGCUACCUAGGAAGAUAACCAGGUGAAUUGUUAAUUGUCAAGAAUAACAAAAAACAGCUUUUAUGAAGCUUUGAUCUGCAUCUUUAAGAUGCACCUCGUGUUGAAUCCUUUGCAUCAGGUUAUGUUCCAAAUUUUAACCUCUGUUUUAAAACUUAAUUAUUUUACUAAUGUUUCAAAAACAUUAGAAACACCUAAUUGGUUAGUGGUCUUUACUAUCUCUACACAACAGUGAAAUGAAAUAUUAAGUUAGUAUUAGAAGAAUUAUUUUCUUCCCUUAGAAAAAUUGUUAGCUCAGUGAACAGUGUACACAGUUAAGUAAGCUGGGGAACAAAUUUUAUUCAUUUUGAAGCUUUGUUUUCCUUUAACCUUUAUUCUUGUUGACAGCACUAAUCCAUUUAGAAACCAUUCACAGCCCUUAAAUUUAGAACAGAUGCAUAUUUCUGAUUUUAUUUUUCCCUGAGGUAAGCAGUAUUUAUAUAUUCCUCUUUAAGAUUUCCUCCUUUCAGGAUAUUUUUGUAAUUGUAGCCUUUUCAACCCAAAAUGGGCACACGUUCCAUUAUAUACAUCCACAGAGUUUAAAAUACUCAAAUACUUUUGUAAGUCCCAUUAUUAAAAACAGCCGGCACUCCUCACCCCCAAGUAACCAUUUUGGAUUAUUAAUGGAUCCUUUUGAUACUUACUUCCAUAUUUCUAAAUAAUAUGCCACUAUUGUGACUUCUUAAUUUUUCAGUUUAAGGUAUUUUCUAUUAGUUUCCUGCUACAGGAAGUACCCUCUCUUCCAGCCCUGCCUUCACACACACACCUUUACUGUGCCCAUCCUCAUCAUGGAGUCGUCCUGUCAUUUUUAGGUAUUUGUUGUUGCAAGUGUGUGAAAAGCUGCUGUAGCUAAGUCAUGUAUAGCUUCUUUUCCUUUUCUACCCCUUUGUUUUCUUUGGAUUUGUUUGUUGACUAUUUUCUGCAUACUUACUAUAACUAAAUUAGCUUUAGACUCUUAGGUGUUUAAAUCUCUUGUGAUCAGACACUUCAGGUAAUCUGUAAAUCUCAUCUUAGUUUCUGAUGGUUAUCCUGAAAUCCUCUCCAUCCUCAUCCUGGGGCUUGCAUUUCCAUCCUUCCUGUGCUGAAUCUCUGUCUCUCCUGUACCCACCCGAGUGUGUCUUGUCAUCCCUCAUUUUAGGAAGGCACAUGCUUCAAGCUUCCUGAGGAAAGGAUGUGUGGGUAGUAAAUUUUGGAGCCCUGCUUGUCUUAAAAUUUCUUCAGUCUCCUCUCGUUUUCCUUUAGUUUUUCUAUUUUCGGUCUCAUUUCCUUUCUGACUACUUUCUGGAGGCUUUCUCAACUUCCAAGUCUACUGAAAGUUUUUUUUUAGCAUAAUUUCAGUUUCAUAGAACUUGAGGAUUUCUUUCUGUUGGAUCCUGUUUUUUCUUGGACAUGGUAUUUCUUGUUAUGUAAAGUUUGUUAAUGACAAUUUUACAGCUAGUUAGGUUUCCGCUCUUUGCAUAGUCCUUUAUCCCAGUUCUUUUUUUUCCUUUUUUUUUUAGUAUCUCCAAACUUGUCAUGUUAACUCUUUUCUCCAAAUGUCUGGUGAUUUUUUGGUGAUCUACUUACAUGAGAACAGGGUAUUAAAAAGCAGACUGGAGCAUUAGUCAUAGCAGCCAAAAGGUGAAAAUAACCCAGAUGCCCAUCAGCGGAUGAAUGGAUAAACAAAACAUGAUAUAUAUCCAUGUAGUAGAAUAUUAAUCACCUAUAAAAAGGAAUGAAUUGUUGUAUGCUACUUUUACUGUUAUACGCUACUUCUCAAGGUUCAUGGUUGAACCUUGAAAAUACUAUGCUGUUUCAUUUUUUAUAUUAAGAUUGGAUGCUUAGGUGUAGUUACCUAUAUUGUAUUACAUAAAAGACUUUUUAUAAAAGCAGAUUAACAGCUCUGAGUGAAA